AUGGCAGUAUCAUUGUCCCCCACUCAAUCCGCGGCUCUGUUUGACAUUCUGACACAUUACGACACUUAUGCCGAGAUUCGAGAGUUUCGACAAACAAAUAGCCUGGAGAAGUACGGGCCUCCUUUUGCCAUCAAGCACAAGCAGCCGUCAACAUCACCCGCUCUUCAGAUACUAGUAUCAAAAUUCCUCUUGACGCUUCCAGGACUGAGAAACCUCCCUGAAGAUUUCUGGAAGGUUCAAUGCCAAGACAUCAUAGAGAAUCUAGAAAAAGCCAACCUGUCUGAAAGCUACGACAAGGGCGUUAUCGGAAGUCGCAAGACUUUAGCAACAGCUAUAUCCGCUUUAAUUGAAUAUCCUGUGCGAGGUACAUAUGGCGGCUUCCCGGAAACUCACAACCACAGUCAUGACUACGAUCUCGCAAAUGCCGAAGACUUGAGCCAAGGCUUUCGUGAUUUCCUGAACGAUGCGAUCUAUGGCGACGUGCUGGAUCGCAUGGUCGCGAAAACGGCGGAGACCGACAACCUGGAGGACCAUGAUUCUCAAACCAAAGCGGUCCAUGAGUUCGUUCUGGUCAAUCUGGCAUCAUUGAUGCACUACACAUUGAUUCUGUCACCCAAGGGGCAAUACCUGCUUAAGCUAGUCGACAAUGCGAACAAGUUGGUGCCAUAUCUUGUUCUCAAGCAGACUCUUAAGAUCGGCAAUGUAGCUUCAAUGCUCCAAGCCAUGGUCAAAGUUGGGCUGGCCAAGAUGAGCGUUGCCAGUGUGACGAACUGGAUGGUCUUAAGCUGGGACAUCAAAGAACUCGAAUCGCGAGCCGCAAAGCUCGAGCGCGAGCGGGCGAAGCUAGGAAAGGAACAGUUACAAUGCCUUAAAAACUUCACCACACUACAACAAGAGGACCAAGAUAAAAUUCGGCAUCGGAGCCAGAGUGAAUCCAUUUCAAUUGUCACAGCAAUCCUCAAGACCAACAAAAUUUCCUCCACGGAAUUAACAGAUCUUCACCAUGAGCAAGCUCUAGAAUAUCUCUCCGUCCAGCUUUCAAUCAGAGAUCGGAAGCAACUCGUCAAAUGCCUUUGCCACAGUGUACCCGAUCAUCUGACAACUUCAGUGCGGCAACUCGUCGAUGCAUACGAACCUGUCAUCCGACGAAUGCACAAGGCAAUUGAUCUAUCAUCGACAUUGGCCGAUUUUGAAUACUUUCUUAAAGACCUGAUCAAACUAGGACGAAUCCAAGUUGAUAAAGCUGGCAAAUCUGUUGUGCCGACUGUUGGUGACUUCGUACAGCUCCUGCGCAAGCAUCAACAAUCUUGCCACGUAUUCAUGCACCAAUGUUGUAAGAAUGACAAAGAGCUUACAGGAUGGUAUCUUGACUGGGCCAAGGGGGCUGCACAGCAAUUCAAGCGCCAUCCUGGAGAUGAUUUCAGCGCCAACGACACGGCCAUGACUGAAAAGGGAGCAGGGUCCCUGACUCCAAAUCUGCAAAGUCUUUUUGCUGCUCUCCCACAUGAGAAGCAAGACAAGAUUCUUCCCAUCCUCGAUUCGCAUUCCAAGUUCCUUCAUACUAUGCAUGAACAAUCGUCUGCCAGACUUAGCAAAGUUCUCAAGUCACCACCUACCAAAAAUCCUGCGAUUGCAAAGAUAUUCUCAUCCGCGCCUUCGCGGCCAAGCUCACGACCAUCAAGCCCUGCACCACCAAUCGACCGUAAGGCCAACAACGCUACACCAAUACAAUCUGAGACCAGUAAAGCAAUCAAGGAGUCUUCCACACCAGAAGUACAUUCAAGCCCCGGUCCUGGUGCAUUUCUUGCUCGAUGGCAGGCGCUAUUGGAUGCCACACCCAUCACCCCACUAACGCAAUCUGGACAUAUGAACGCCGCAAGCAGUCCUCAGAUAAUUCAAUCAAGCGCAACAGAUGUCGACGGUUCUGACCUUGUGCAUUUUGGCUCAAAAGAAGCAAGGGGUGACGAGCUUCGGGUCGCCGCAGCUAACGCGCCGCAAAACAAGGGCGAUGAACUGGGGCAGAGUGCACGGCAACGGCAGAGAGGACUGAGAAUCGUGGUCGACGCUCUGAGUGCCGACUUCAGAAAGUUAAUAGCUGAGAAGGGCUGUGAUUGGUGA